GGUUCUGGGGGCUGUGAUGUGAUGUGGGUAAUGAACAGUGUGUUGGUAGGUUCUGGGGCUGUGAUGUGAUGUGGGUAUUGAACAGUGUGUUGGCAGGUUCUGGGGGCUGUGAUGUGAUGUGGGUAUUGAACAGUGUGUUGGUAGGUUCUGGGGCUGUGAUGUGAUGUGGGUAUUGAACAGUGUGUUGGUAGGUUCUGGGGCUGUGAUGUGGGUAUUGAACAGUGUGUUGGCAGGUUCUGGGGGCUGUGAUGUGAUGUGGGUAUUGAACAGUGUGUUGGUAGGUUCUGGGGCUGUGAUGUGAUGUGGGUAUUGAACAGUGUGUUGGUAGGUUCUGGGGCUGUGAUGUGAUGUGGGUAUUGAACAGUGUGUUGGCAGGUUCUGGGGCUGUGAUGUGAUGUGGGUAUUGAACAGUGUGUUGGUAGGUUCUGGGGCUGUGAUGUGAUGUGGGUAUUGAACAGUGUGUUGGUAGGUUCUGGGGCUGUGAUGUGAAUAAUGAACAGUGUGUUGGUAGGUUCUGGGGCUGUGAUGUGAUGUGGGUAUUGAACAGUGUGUUGGCAGGUUCUGGGGGCUGUGAUGUGAUGUGGGUAUUGAACAGUGUGUUGGCAGGUUCUGGGGGCUGUGAUGUGAUGUGGGUAUUGAACAGUGUGUUGGUAGGUUCUGGGGCUGUGAUGUGAUGUGGGUAUUGAACAGUGUGUUGGUAGGUUCUGGGGCUGUGAUGUGAAUAAUGAACAGUGUGUGAUAAUCUCUCUCUGUCUCCCCAGCAGCAGUUAAACCCAGGGGACCUGCGUGUCCUGAGGAAGGGGAUGACCCUGUACCACUCUGAGUCUCAGCUGUCAUCCCUGCCACGACGCCAAGAUACACGGCACAACGGCACGAUUGGUCGCCUCACCACCAGCGAGUCAACCCCGGUAACAGGUUACCUGUCCUGUGUUCAGAAACCAGAGUCUGUGGUCCACGCUAUGAAGGUGUUGGAGGUGCAUGAGAACCUGGAUAAGAAACAGGGCCCAGAGGACUACGAGGAGGAUCUGAGUGAGAAGGAGAAGGCCAUCGUCAGAGAGAUGUGUAAUGUGGUGUGGAGAAAGCUGGGCGACGCAGCAGGAGAUAAGCCGUCCAUCAGACAGCAUCUCUCUGGCAACCAGUUCAAAGGCCCUCUGUAGUCCACAGCAACCAGAGAGGAAGACUAACUAUGCUCACCUGACACCACCUCUGCUCCUACUGCCUACACUACUCAUAACACCCUGCUCCCACUGACUACAGUUCCCAUCACCCACUAUUCCCCUGGGAUAUGGGUUUUGUCCAGAUGGGAUGCAGCUUUUGUCAAAAUGAACUUUUUGUAGCAGGUUAGAACUUCUGCAGCAGGAUAAUUAACGUAGCAUGUUAGGAGAAUUACGUUUAUGUUAGCUAAAAUGCAACAAAUCCACUUUUGACAUACAUUUAUUUUGAACUUCCAGUGUUGUUGAUAACUGGCUGCUACUUUCACUGAUUUUCCAUUUUCCUCGUAUUAUUGAUUUGAGGACAGUUUACAUAGUGCUGAAUAUUAUUUCAUAACUCUCCUGGGCCUGGUUUCCCAAUAGAGAUGGAACUGACUGUUUUAGCCAUGCAUCCUUCCUACAAAGGCCCAAGAUGUAACACGCGUUUCCCAAAAACGCCACACAGAGAGAACAUUCGCUAUGUGCCUUCGUUGGAGCAUGUUUCACACGGUGGUAGGAUCGAACGAAAGGCAUCGCUGCUCUCAGAUCCGCUUUCUUCCCCAUUCAAAUCUUACCUCAACAUUAGAAUUAUUCCACAAUACUGACGAUGGAUCAGCUACCUAGAGAGAUAUUAUCACCCUAUGCCAGCCAAUAUUGAGGCGGCUUAAUCUAAUUUCUACCCUAUAAUAAGGAGAUUCAUCAAGAUGUGGAACAUCACUGUGCACAUGUUAGGCUACACAUCAUUAAAUAUAAUGAGGAAAAAUUGCAGACAGUAGCCAAAUAGUAAAAUAAAAACAAAAUUGAAUGAACGUGAAAUUGCUUUCAGUAUCGUUGAAAUACAAUAUAUAGUAUAUUCUGUAGGUAGGCUAUUUAUCUUUUAGUGCAGUCAUCUCAGUUUUGAUUUGAAGCAUCUUUGUAUCCUUCGCUUGUUUAUUACAGUUGCAAAGACAUUGGCAACUUUGUAUUUGUAGUCAACUUCGUUCUGAAGUUAUCGGCGGUCACAGAGAGACGGAUAAACAUCUUGAUUCUUUGUUUAGUGGAGGUCUUCUGUGUAUAAAGUGAGGCGGUAGGUAUCUAACGACGUACUUUGCUGUUCACAUGCCGAGCGGUCUGAUGUGGAGUCAGUAAAUAACAAGUGUUUUCAAAUACAACUUUAGUAACGGUGGUUUUGGGAAACAGCUCUGAGAUUUAACGAUGCUCCUACGAACUUACUAACGAUGAAAUGAGCCUUUAGAUGCUCUUGGGAAACCGGGCCCUUUUGUUUUGUUUUAUGCUGAAAAGAAACCCAGAUGAGCUCUAUAAGAAGUCCCCUAGAAUAGGACCAGUGUCACUUUAAACCAGUAGAGCUGCAUGGUUACUAUAGCAGGGCUCCAGGUAGAGCUGCAUGGUUACUAUAGCAGGGCUCCAGGUAGAGCUGCAUGGCUACUAUAGCAGGGCUCCAGGUAGAGCUGCAUGGCUACUAUAGCAGGGCUCCAGGUAGAGCUGCAUGGUUACUAUAGCAGAGCUCCAUGUAGAGCUGCAUGGUUACUAUAGCAGGGCUCCAGGUAGAGCUGCAUGGUUACUAUAGCAGGGCUCCAGGUAGAGCUGCAUGGUUACUAUAGCAGGGCUCCAGAUAGAGCUGCAUGGUUACUAUAGCAGGGCUCCAGGUAGAGCUGCAUGGUUACUAUAGCAGGGCUCCAGGUAGAGCUGCAUGGUUACUAUAGCAGGGCUCCAGGUAGAGCUGCAUGGCUACUAUAGCAGGGCUCCAGGUAGAGCUGCAUGGCUACUAUAGCAGGGCUCCAGGUAGAGCUGCAUGGUUACUAUAGCAGGGCUCCAGGUAGAGCUGCAUGGUUACUAUAGCAGGGCUCCAGGUAGAGCUGCAUGGUUACUAUAGCAGGGCACCAGGUAGAGCUGCAUUGUUACUAUAGCAGGGCUCCAUGUAGAGCUGCAUGGUUACUAUAGCAGGGCUCCAGGUAGAGCUGCAUGGUUACUAUAGCAGGGCUCCAGGUAGAGCUGCAUGGUUACUAUAGCAGGGCUCCAGGUAGAGCUGCAUGGUUACUAUAGCAGGGCUCCAGGUAGAGCUGCAUGGUUACUAUAGCAGGGCUCCAGGUAGAGCUGCAUGGUUACUAUAGCAGGGCUCCAGGUAGAGCUGCAUGGUUACUAUAGCAGGGCUCCAUGUAGAGCUGCAUGGUUACUAUAGCAGGGCUCCAGGUAGAGCUGCAUGGUUACUAUAGCAGGGCUCCAGGUAGAGCUGCAUGGCUACUAUAGCAGGGCUCCAGGUAGAGCUGCAUGGUUACUAUAGCAGGGCUCCAGGUAGAGCUGCAUGGUUACUAUAGCAGGGCUCCAGGUAGAGCUGCAUGGUUACUAUAGCAGGGCUCCAUGUAGAGCUGCAUGGCUACUAUAGCAGGGCUUCAGGCGGGGGCAACGUGUGGGAUAAAAAAAAAUCCCCAAUCGUCCCCAAAAGUAACGAUGUGAUAACGUCAGAUAUGGUUUGAUAGUACGUUUUGGGUUUUAAGUGUCUCGUAUGCACAAUCUAGGAUCAGCUUCACUCUCCUUCAACCCUGAUCUUGAGCAUUUAGAGGUCACAUACAGAACUGACUGUGGAUCAGUGUCUAGGAACAAUGUCAUCCCAUUCCUUCAUGGUACUUCCCAUAAAAACCCAGCUAGCUUCUCUGUCAGUUUUGUCUCUCUGGUUGAUUAGCAUUAGCUUAAUGCUAGCAUUAGAAUAAUUAUCAUUAGCAUCCAAAGUGUUAAUUUGUGUUACCCACUGUGACGUACAUACCUAGCGCCCUAUGCUCAUAAGAGAUGUCUGUUAUUAACACAAAACUAUAGAGAUCACUUUUAAAACUUGUGUAAAAUAUGUAUAAAGCCAUAGCAUUACUGUUGUUAUCAUUUAUUUACUUUUAUCUUUUUAUUUUUCUAGUUUGACCAUGUGACGAAACUGACUGUUUUAUGGGUUUUAUGUUUCACAAAACACAGCCGAACCUUAAAUAGGGCUGUUUCUAUGGUAACCACUUGUAUUUUUACUGUAUUUUGGUUUAACAAAUUAUUAUUUUAUCUCUUCAAACGCAUCAAGGCCAUUUGGAAUCGAAACUGCCUCAGCCAAGAGUCAAUGGAGCGAUCUUAUUUUUUGAGGAAAUCGUUUAAAAAAAAAUUAUUAACUAAAAUGUACAACGUUGUGUAAGACAAUCAUAUUUCUCAGGUUGGGAAAUAACGAGAGCUUUACCCCAACUCUUCUUCUGUGACUCUGAAGACCGGGUGGUUGGUAGUCUUUCUUUCCGUUGGUCAGGCUGUAUACUGUAGUUCUCUGUAGCAGACUGAGGACACCUGCUUCAUACAGGGUUGGAGACUGCGGGACACAUUUGCUGCAUUCCUUUCAUAUGAAAUAAUGUUUCAGAAAUAAUCUGUGAAACUUAAAAGGCUUUUAUGCUACUGUCAUAAAGGGAAGAUCAGACUAAUUUGGCUAUCUACUGUAAUAACUACUAAUCAAACUACUGUACAACACAAUUUUUAUUGAAAGCUACAAAAUAAAUGGAAUGGUUUAUAUUUUUCAAUUAACCUUUUUAGCCAUGGUGAAUCCAGGAGAUGAGUUUCAGCAGUGAACUGUGCAUGUUUUGUAAAAGUAUUUUCUGUUGGAAUGUGAGAAAGAGCAAGUCUUCCCUUAGAUGUUUUUCGAUACAUUUUAACGAGUUAUACCAUGACGAAGUCAGAUGAAAUAAGUACUGUUAUGAUCAAACUGUUCAAGGAUAUGUAUUGCCAUGUGUUUAGAUAGAGCUGUCCCAUUAUAGGGCUGCCAUGUGAUUGGCCUGUUUUUGAUUUUAACCUAUCGGGAGAUUUUGAUUGGUAUCCAAGUCUUUUGAUUGGUUAAUAAGUCACUGAUUGACAGCUCAACCUCUCCUGACACGAGUAUGUCUUGUUCCUAAUUAGAACAUCACUGAGGCUUCAGACUGUACAAUCUCAUGGUUCCGCCUUGGUUCUCACUAGUACAAAAAAGGGGUCUAGUACAAAAAAGAAAAUCAAAGAAUAGAUUUUUUUGAAGUGUCCUUUUUUUCUAGAACUGAUUUGUAGCUAUGAGAGGAGAUGAUUUGUAACAUUUUUCAGUCUGGCAUUUCGUGCCAUGUUUUUCUCUGCAUGGAAGUUUGAUUUGGAACCUGUGUUUUAAACCAGAAGACAUGAUGAACCCAGUAUGAAAUAUCACCGUAUUCCCGAGUGCAAGGGUUUCCCAAACUCCAACCGGGUGCACGGUUUGACGUUUACCGUAGCACUACACAGCCCAUUCAAAUAACCAACAAUUAUUUGAAUCAGCUGUGUAGUGCCAAGGCAAAAACCAAAACGUGUACCAGGGGGGGACCAGGACCGAGUUUGGGAAACCCUGCCCUAGUGCAUUACUUUUGACCACAGACACAAACCUAGUGUUAAUGCUAACUAGUCCUGUAGUUACUAGCAUCACUGUAAAGUACAACUGUUUUUUCAUGAAUUUAGCUGAGAUCAGACAGAUAUUCUAGAAGGAUUAGUAAAUGUACUAGGGCCACUUUGAGAUGAUUUUGUAGGGGAAAAAAUAAACAAGUGAUGACUUUC